UUAUAUAGAGUCUAUGAUGUCAACACAUUCUCACACCAAUACUUCAAAUAGUGUAGUUUGAUCAGUGGCCCUGAGAUUCAAACUCCGUACCGUAGACCGUAGAGCGUAGAGCGUGAGUGAAGAAGACUUGUAACACCGCCAAGUCCAAAAUGACCCGCGGAGGAAUGACCCCUCAAAUUAAAGCGUCACAUGUUGCACCAAAGUAAUUUUCAUGUGUUCUUUCAUUUGAUCAACAUUUUGACUGAGAGAAAAAUAAUGCAUUAUGUUUUUUUUCUUCUUCUCUGUCGUCUUUGAGUCAGAUUUAUCUUUACCAUUAAAACAGAGCUUCCUGAUCCGUGUCACACAGGUGGUCCAGGUUCUGCGAGCCAUCGACAAGGACCAAGGAGGGCAGGACACCCCGAUCCACUUCAGCAUCCCCCCAGAGUCCAGCUCUGUCCUCAACCUCACCAUCAGGGAAACCGGAGGUGAGACAGCCAGCCUGGUGCUCCAGUCGGCCUUGGAGCCCCUCCCCGGCUUCUCCUCGUCCUCGCUCGCCCUCUACGUGCCGGUGGUGCUGCGCGACGGGGCCUCGGGUCUGACCAACACGGGCACGGUGACCGUGACCAUUUGCCCCUGUCUGCGCGGGGGCAUGCAGACCGAGGACAGGGGGAAGCAGAGGGACAGGAAGUGGGAGAGACAAAUGGUCUGUCUGCCCCUGUCUUCUGCAUCCCCGUCUCUCAUAUUCAGUUUGGUCACACUGCUGGCCAUGCUGGCUUGUGUCACCACUCUGCUCGUGGUGUGUGCACUCUCGCUGUCAUUGCGCCAUCAGAAGCAGGACUCCCACUCACCCUUCGAGGAGGAUGAUGUCAGGGAGAACAUCAUUUCCUACGACGACGAGGGGGGAGGGGAAGCGGACACCGCAGCUUUUGACAUCACGGCGCUGCAGAGCAUGCACCGAAUACAGCACAUGCACAACAACAGGAACAUAUGGUACACCCAGCCGAAUCCGCCGAGGGCCAGGACGUACAGCUGGAACCGCAACCUGCGCCCGGGUCUGGACCCUCAGCAGAGGCCGGGCUCCGCUCCGAUGUACGGGCGCCUCUGCUACGGCAUCCACACGCUGCCCGUUCUCAGGGAUUAUUAUCCCGUCGGGCCGCUGGAGGCCGGUCUGCAGCUGACUCAGCUGACCCGCGGGCCCGCCGGAGGUCACGUCGGCAAUUCCCUCGUCAUCCAGAACCAGAGCACCUUUGAGCCUCUGCGGCACUCUCCGGAGACGAGCCCCGCUAGUUACGCGGCAGAGCACAUGCUGCCGAAGAGCAAAGUGACGGACAGAAAGGAAGGCGCUGAAGCUGCCGACACACAAGAGAUUCAGGAUCAGGCAAAGAUAAACCCAACAGAAACGACAGAGUCGACACAAACCACCAACGCUGCCAAUCUCACCAGCUGCGACCCAAACGAGUCUUCAUGCCGGAGUCACAACAGCUCCUCGUCAAACCAGCAAGAGGGGCGGCCGGGGUCAUCGCAGACUCAGACCAGCACCGGAGCCACCAGCUGCACGUUGGACGACGUUGACACCGAUUCCUCCAUUCCCUCCGUUUCGGAGAGAAACGACUCAAACAGCAGUGAAAUCCUCUCUGUGAACCCUGCUGCUUACCUGAAGGGAGACACGUACAGCAUUGUGGGCUCGCUGAACCCAAACAGCAGAGGGACGUGUGUGAACGGGGCGAGCGGCGGCGGCGGCUCGUACCCGGCGGGAGUGCAGCUACUGAGCAUGUGCGGCCUCCAGAGAACGGACUUGACCCCGCAGCCUCAGCCCUUACCGGGGGGGAUGUUUGGCGACAGCCGAGGCUGGGCGGCGUGCGGGGCGGAGCCCGCCAGGGCAGAACCCGCCAGCAUGCAGCCCCUCCGCAUGGAAGACCUCCUGAACAUCCGCCUGGACCAGGUCACCUUUGACCUGUCGCAGCCGCCCUAUGACUCGCUGCAGACUUACGAGUUUGAGGGCCGCGACUCGAGGGCCGAGUCGCUGAGCUCGCUGGAGAGUGACGGGGAGAAGGACGACGGGAGGGCGGUGGGAGGGAUGGAGGAGUUAAACCAGAAGUUCCAGAGGCUGGUGGAGAUCAUCCGAGAGAGGGAGAGGGAGAGGGAGGUGGCACUCCGUGAGACUCAUGAACAAAAGGAGGACAAAGACAACGAACAGCAGAGAUGGGAUUUCUAG